AUGUGCGGAGCUUUGGAACUAUCUCGAGAAAGCCACAAAAACUCCGAUACUGACAGCUUUGAAGCCGAGCAUAAUCUAUCGCAGUCCAUCGACCAUAAACUGUCCCAUCAAUGGGAAGAAUGCAACGAGAAGGCGCCACCUUACGACUACGUGGCUUCCAUGCCAGGCAAGGAGAUUCGUCGACAGCUGCUGAAUGCUCUCAAUCACUGGUUCCAAGUAGACGAAAUAUCUAGCAACAUCAUAGCCGAGACAGUCACCAUGAUGCAUAACGCCUCACUACUCAUCGACGACAUCCAAGACAACUCCCAACUCCGCCGCGGUUUCCCCUCCGCUCAUCAAGUCUACGGUGUCGCCCAAACCAUCAACUCCGCCAACUACGUCUACUUUCAAGCCCAACAACACCUCCUCCAACACCUUCCCAAAGGAGGAGGAGUAGAAGAAGCCGCCAUCAUCAGAAUCUUCAACGAAGAAAUGCUAAAUCUCCAUCGAGGUCAAGGGAUGGAGUUGUAUUGGCGCGAUACGAUGCAAUUGCCACCUUCAGAGGCGGAAUAUCUCCAAAUGGUUUCGAAUAAGACUGGAGGGUUGUUUCGGUUAAUUUUACGAUUGUUGAGGGUAAUGAGUCCCGUGGAACAUGUAAUGGCGGUGAAUGUGGAUGUGAUUUCGAAGGUAGUGGAUGUCAUGGGGUUACAAUUUCAAAUUCUAGAUGAUUUGAAGAAUAUUUGCGAUGAGAAGAUGGCAAAACAAAAAGGUUUCUUCGACGACCUAACAGAAGGCAAAUUCUCCUAUCCAAUCGCACACGCAAUUUGGAAAGAAAAGAAUCAUAAUACUCCCCCAAGUCCCGAAAAUUCAAGCUCCGAAAGAAAACACCUCCUCAUCGAAUUUCUCGCAAUGAGAACACAAGACAACACAAUCAAAAUCGAAGCAAUCCAAUGUCUGCAACGCGCUGGAAGUCUAAAUCAUACAAAGCAGGUUUUGAAAACUCUGGAUCAGCGUGCGAGAUUUUUGAUGGGAGAGGUUGGUGUGAAGAAUCCUCUGCUUGAAAAGGUGUUGGAUCAGCUUGUGGAUGGUUUGGGAAGGAUGGAUGUAGGGAGUCAGUUGUCUGUGGAGGAGGGGGGCAGACUCACAUCUCUAAAGCAGGAGUCUAGCUAG